AAUCCGUGAGCUGAUUUUCGUAUAAACAUGUUAGUAACUAAGUCGCCGUAACAACCGUAGCCAUGCUGAUUAUAUUCUGUCUGACGUUAAUAGUUUCCGCCUCGUGUUUAGAAUCUAGAAUAAUCGGAGGCACAUCUACAACUAUCGAUAAAUAUCCAUAUCAGGUUUCUCUUCAUUACAAUAAUAAACUCGUAUGCGGAGGUUCAAUAAUUAGCAAAGAAUGGAUCCUAACAGCAGCACAUUGCGUUUACGGCUUAAAAGUAUCACUCUUUAAAAUCCGAGUAGCCAGCAGUUAUCACGAUAAUGGAGGUAUUCUGAUCACAGAUAUUUCCUCAAUUAUUUGGCAUGAAUCGUUUGAUGAGGAUAAUUACGAUUACGAUGUGGCUUUGAUCAAAUUACUCAAGCCUUUGUCCUUGGAUCGAAACACAAAAAUUAUUACUUUGGCGACACCAUCAAUUGUCAUCAAAACUGGUAACAAUGCAGUUGUUUCGGGAUGGGGAAAAACGUCGGCAAACGGCGAGAGUUCCAAGGUACUGCAGACCUUGAAGAUUCCGAUUUUUGAUCAAGAAGCCUGCCGAAAGGUUUAUGCUCGUUGGCGAAUAGUAACACCCAACAUGCUAUGCGCAGGUUUCACUACCGGUGGAAAAGACACUUGUCAGGGAGAUUCUGGUGGUCCGCUCGUGUACAACAGUGUCCAAAUUGGGAUCGUGUCCUGGGGCGCUCAAUGUGCGAGUGCUGGAUAUCCUGGGGUGUACACGCGAAUAUCCACCAUACGGAGUUGGAUAACUAAGCGAGCGAACGUGUAGCAGAAUUAAUUUCUUCCCUUCCUGCUCUUCCCCCCAUGGAAACAGGAGGAAGGUAGCGUACCGUUGAAAAACUAUUUGCUUUUGUUUAACCACAUCAAAAUAGGAUAGCAUUAUGAAAAAGAUACCACGUACGAAUUAUACAACAAAAGAAGACUGGCUGUGUUCACAAGUGAAAAGAAAAUUAUUUGCAACAAUGACGAAAUUCUGUAAUAGUGAAAUAGAAACUAAAAACAUUGUAAAAUUUU